UAAAAACCCCCUAACGCCGUUGAAGCGUAUAGUAUGUAGUAAAGUUUAUUAACGGCGUCGUUUUGUGUGUACUGUUCCCCCUUCUCCCUUUAACGCCCUCGAUCUCGAAGGAACCCUCGCUCAUGAAAAUCGAGCCUUAUCGAGAUUCUUAUCAUUUCUGAGGAUUGAGGGAGCAGUGCUACUAAGGUUUGUGAACAAAUAAGGAAGUGGAAUGAAGACUAACAAUAACAUUUAUGUGUGUGAGCCUACUUCAAUGGUGCAUUUCCUGUGAGAAGGGGCUGCUGGAAGGUCACAUUUUUUGUUUUUCUUUAGACAAUUGCCUGUGAAGUUGUUGAUCUAGUAGGUAGAAAUGGAAUCAAAGAUCGCAAAGGAAUCGGAUAGUAGUUGUAGAGUUGAGCUCGGCUCGAAGAGAAAGAGAGCGUCUCUUUCUGGAGCAUACAUUGCCGGAGCUCCCAGAGCAAUGUUACCUCAGUGUUCUUUAUCUAUUCCGUUGACCCAUAACCUUGAUAAACGUAGGAGGGUAGAUGGAUGCAACGGCCGGCUUAUGAGCUGUGGAUAUACUACUAGAUUUUUGCGGCGCUGUUACUCAAAUUUCCAGAGAAGUGGGAUUCCACAGCGUAUUCUGUUGCACCAGAAUGGUGAAUGGACUGAUUUUCCUCAAGAUCUCAUUCAAUUGGUUAAGAAAGAUCUUGAAGCAAAGAAGGCAGCCGUUGAGGUGGAUAUGGAUGGUGAUUCUUAUGUGCUGGAUUUCCUUCAUAUGUUUCGUUUGGACUUGAAAAGAGGUCUGCAGCAACCAAUUGCUUGGAUUGAUGUAGCAGGUGGCUGCUACUUUCCUGAGAUUUAUGAUGAUGCUGAUGAAUAUGACUGCUGCCAUCAUCAAUGUGGGAAAGAUGAAGAGCCUUCAUAUGCAGGUGUCCAUGAGAUCAAGUUGCAUCUUGGAAUAGACUUAAAUGGAGAAUCUAAAUUGAAGGAAUGCAGUGGGGAGUCAGAUGAUGCCAUUAAAGAGAUUCAAGGUGCGAUUGAAGUUGUUGAGGCAAAUAAACAGAUGAAGGAAUCUAUUGCUACUGGAGCAAUAUCUGCUAAUGAAAAGUUGGAUUCUGAUAUUGUUCAAAAGAUGUUUCUUGAUGGUAUGAUGCCUUCAUGUGGUGCAGAAGUACUUGAUUUAUAUCGCUGUUCUAGUGCUUCGAUGCCAGCUCGUUUAGAGCUUUUUGAGAAGCAGGUUGAAAUCACAAAAAAGUAUCGCGGAGAUGCAAAUGUCCGUUAUGCUUGGCUUGCUUCCUCUAGAGGAGCAUUGUCUACGAUCAUGAUGUAUGGGCUUGGGCCUUAUGGACCAUUUAUAACUACAUCCAAGUAUGGCAUUGGUGUUCAUCUUGCUGCAGCGAACUGCUCUGGUGCAAGUGUGGAUUAUUGUGAUGUUGACGAAAAUGGUAUGCGAUACUUGCUAUUUUGUCGUGUCAUACUGGGAAAUAUGGAGCGCCUUUGCCCUGGGACCCAACAGUUCCAUCCCAGUAGCGAGGAAUUUGACAGUGGAGUGGAUAAUCUUCAGAAUCCGAGGAAUUAUGUAAUCUGGAAUAUGAAUGCGAAUACCCACAUUUAUCCAGAAUUUGCUGUUGGUUUCAAAGUACCUUCCAAGGCUGAAGGUGAUCUGGUUGGAAGGGAGAGCCAGCGUUCAGUUUCAGGGGUUACUAUGCCCUCUCGAGGUCAUCAGGGAAAUAUACAAUUUAACACAUCUGCUGCUGAUCUGGAAAAAGAUGCUAGUUUGGGUUCAGCCACUUCGAGUGCUCCAAAAUCCCCCUGGAUGCCUUUCCCCGACUUGUUUGCUGCCAUCUCAGAUAAAGUUUCUGCUAGAGAUAUGGAACUUGUAUCUGGUCACUAUGAAUUAUUCAGGUCUAAGAAGUUAAAUCGGGAGGAUUUUAUCAAAUAUUUGAGGCUGAUAGUUGGAGAUGCAUUGCUGCGAAGUACGAUACUCAAACUUCAAUACAAGAUACCACCAGCUUGUGCAACUGAUUCAUCGAAGCCGAAUGUUGAAGGUUCAGGUGGCCCUUGAUUGGCCGUCGCGUCGCAUACUUGAUUCUGGUCUGGUUUUCCAUGGUGUCUCGGGAUUCACGUGACACUUCAUUCUGGGUGGUGCAAUGCGUCGACUUGAAGUUGCUAAUAAAAGAACCAGCUGGUUACAAGUAUUGUAGUAGGUCUUAGUUUGUCUGAAAAGGUUUAGGAGUUAGCUCCUCUAUUUUGCCUUGUUUUCUUGUUAGUGAACGGCAUUUUCAACUUGCCGAAUAAGUGUUUUCCUUGAACCCUGGAUACAUUUGUUUUCGGAAUGGUUACCAUUCCCAUAAUUAUUUCCUUUUUGGUACUUC